AUGCAAACACUUAUUUUAGGAAUUAUUUUUGUUUUACUUCAACAACAUAUUCAACUGGCUGGCGGAGUUACAUGUGCAAGUAAUCCAUGCAGUCUCGUACCUGGUCAAUUCGAUGCAUCAAAUGGCUAUUGUUGUUAUGAUGUUCCACCUACUAAUACCGAUUCUGUAUGUACAUGUCCAAAUAAUGUUGCACCUGUUCUUAAUGCACCUUGUCGUACUGUUAUAUCAGUAAAUCAAGCAUCUUGCAAUCGGACAUGUCUUAAUGGUGGUGUAUGCAAUAUAGUCAAUGGUACACAAGUAUGUUGGUGUGGAUUGGGUUACACUGGUUCAUCUUGUGAACUUCAAGGUACUGCCACUCGUUGUGCAACUGGAGUUUGUCAAGCUGGAGCUUGUGUUGAACAAACUCUAGGAGCAACUGUAUAUGCUUAUUGUUAUUGUAAUCCAGGCUGGACAGGAGCGAGAUGUGAUCAAUGCUAUUUUACAUGUCAACGAGUGGGUGUUUUUCCUGAUACUGCAUAUUGUACUAUCGGUCGAUAUUACUAUUGUCCUCAAGCAUCUGGCACACCGAUUAUUGCCCUUUGUCCUGAUGGGCAGAAAUUCAAUCGCCUAACAAGCCAGUGUGCUCCAAACGCUACUUGCACAUAA